AGCAGCUGGGGCGCCCUCGUGAUAAAACUGGGGAUAAUCCUUGAAAAUGAUGGGAUGUGGGGGAGCCUGACCCACCCCUGAGCCUCUGUGGGGCUGGGGAGGAGGGUGAGCAGUCCUGCCGGGCUGAGCUCAGUGGCACAGACCGAAAGCAGGCUGGUGUUUCAGAGCACAGGAUGUGAGAGGGGAGGCUGUGCUCGGGUCUCACCAGGCUCCCCAGCAGCGCCAGCCCCAGUGCCACCUUCCCAGGGCAAAUCCCAGGAGGAUGGCACCGGGAGAGCCCUGGGAGCAGGGCUGGGGUGAAGGAGCAGAGCUGCACACAGAGAACACCCAGUGAGUGACAGAGGCACCAAAAUGCCAUUUCCACGGAUCGUGCCCUCAGCACUUUGGCUGGUGCUGCACCUCACAGCAGGACCCUGCAGGAAGGGGCCGGCGGGUGCCAGCGGAGCCGCCCGCGGUGCCACCGAGGUCUGUGACAAGGGCAAUGUGACAGCCAGCCCCUGCUGCGCCAUCCCCGGUGGCACCAACGUCACCCUGUCCUGCCGGCUGGCAGCCCCGCGGGGCUGGUGCUGGGCAGCGAUUUUCCUCAACAGCUCCGAGCAAAUCCGAGCCCAGGGGGGCUGGGUCAGCAAAACCUUCCUGGUCACUGCCCACGGCAGGCACAACUUCACCUGCAAGUGCAUCUGUGGGGACAGGAGAAAACUCGUCUGCGGAAUCGACAUCCAGUGUGGGAAUCCUCCAGACGAGCCCAGGAACGUGUCCUGUAUCCAGAAGGGGACACAGGGACACCCCACCUGCACCUGGCACAAAGGCAGGCUCACCUACCUGCACACUGCCUAUGGGAUAGAGCUCUCCAACGGGACCGAUGUCUUUUCCUUUCCAGAAGAAACUCCCAGCCAGGUUUUGGGCUCCGGGGCUCUGAGCAAGCUGGAUUUUGACUCCAACUACACUGUGGUGGUUUCUGCCUCCAACCCGUUAGGAAAUGCCUCUUCCCAGCCACUCACCUUCAUGCUGGUAGACAUAGUGAAGCCACACCCUCCCGACUUUUCGGUGGAAUUUGAUGACUCCUCUGGCACCAGCUGCACCGUUCUGUGGCACCACGGGGCACAAGCACAGCACUGCAGGCUGAGGUACCGGCCCCUCGGCAGGCACGGCUGGAGCACGGUGGAGGGCUCCAGCAGGGAGCAGCAUCACCUGCAGGGGCUGGAGCCCGACACAGCCCACGAGUUCCAGCUGAGCUGCAGGAUGCUGCCGGGCCGAGGGCUGUGGAGUGACUGGAGCAGCAGCCAGGGCAGCACCCCGGCAGCAGUGCCAACAGGAACCCUGGAUGUCUGGUACCGGCAGCAGGAGCUGGACUCGGGGCACCAGAACCUCUCCCUGUUCUGGAAGGCUCUGAGCCGCUCGGAGGCAGGAGGGACAAUCCUGGGCUACACCGUCACCUUGGAAGCCCUGGAGCAGGGGAAGCUCCGGGCGCAGUCCCACUGGACCACGCAGACCAGCUUCUCCAGGGUGACCCCCAGGGUGGCCCACAGGGUCACGGUGACCGCGCACAACGCGCGGGGCAGCUCCGCCCCUGUGCCCAUCCUGACCCACCUGAGCCCAGACCUGCCCCCUCCCCAGCGGGUCUCUGCCGUGGGCCUGGGCAACAGCAGCAUCCUGGUGAGCUGGAGCCCCCCUGCCAGAGCCGCCGUGCCCGUCGGGGGCUACCUGCUGGAGUGGGCAGAGCCCUGGAGGGAGCCCCGCCGGCAGCCCCAGCACCGCUGGCUCAAGCUGCCCCCGUCCCACCUGGCCACUGUCAUAGCAGAGCACAUCAGGGACAACGUCUGCUAUCAGAUCCACGUGUCUGCACUUUAUCAGGACAGAGCCGGGCGGGCAGCUUCAGUCAGGGGAAACUCCACAGCUCAAGCCCCAUCAGCUGGGCCCCAGAUGUUCACCACCCCCACGGCCAGCGGUGUCCUGGUUUCCUGGGAGGAGAUCCCGGCCCCCCAGCAGAGGGGCUGCAUCACUGCCUACCACAUCUACCUGCACAGGAAGGAUGGGCAGGGCCAGCCCCAGGUCCAUGCCGUUCCCGCGGGGAAGGCUCCUCGCUCGCUGCACCUCGCUCCGCUGGAGCCGGGCGAGCCCCACGAGCUCUGGAUGACAGCGGCGACCGCGGCCGGGGAGGGGCCCCGGGGCAACAGCGACAGCGUCUGCCUGGACAGUGCUGGGGGCUGGCUGACUCUGGUGCUCGUCUGCAGCUUCUUCGUCCUCUCAGCCUGCCUUUGUUCUGUGCCCCCAGCAAGGAGAGUGUUCCAGGGUCUCCUGUCCCUCCUCCUGCCGCAGUGGCAGAGCAAAGCCAUUCCCGACCCUGCCAAUGCCACGUGGGCCAAGAGCUUAGCGGCUGCCAAGGCGGAGCUGAGCGCUCCCUCCAGCCCCUUCCUGCCCGGCGCCUUCGAGGAGCCCGAAACCAGCCCUGUGGAGGAAACCUCCGCCCCCCGUGAGCCCCCCAAGCCCCGGGACAAGCCGGCGGUGGGCAGCGGGGACUGGGCACAGGAGAGCCCGGAGGAGCAGCAGCCGCUGCCGGAGCUGUACCGGCGGCUGCUGGUGGAGGCGAUGGAGCCCCCGGAGCCCGUGGCCGAGUACAUCUCCAGCCCCGGCAGCCCGGGCCCCGAGCCCGAGCCGGCCCCCGAGCCCGAGCCCAGCCCCAUCUCCGUCUUCCCAAGCGCAUUCCUGCCUCCCGUCCUCGGCUGCCAAGGGAACCUGACUCUGGAUCGAGUGAAGCUCAGCGGCAGCUCCUUCCCGAGUAUUUCAGCACAGCCAGUCCAGUCCCUCACAUGUGACACCUCUGAGUGACAAAACCCUUCCCAACCACACCUCACCAUUGGUGCUCCUCUGCAGUCAGCACAGCUGGGGAUGCCAGAGCUGGAUUUGGGGGAUUUUGGGAGCUCUUCCUGCAGCCUGGGCUGCCUCAAGCCCUGUCCCACGGCCCAGCCCAGGAUCAGAGCUGGAAGUCACCAGAAAGAGCAAGGAACUGCAAAAGGGAAGGAUGGAACAGCUCAGCACCUGCUGUUCCUCCCCUGGCACCAAGUCAGAGUCCCCAGUGCCACCAGACCCAGGAGGGACACAGCACCAGAGCCCCUUCCUUGCCUCAGUUCAGGACAGGAAAAUUCCUCACCAGAACUAAAAGCAGCAGGCAGCAUCUGUACUCAGCCAAAUGGAUUGUCAAGAGGAAUUUAAGUGAUUUAUUGGAGUGUUCUAAUUACAGGCUGCAAGGGUGUUACACAUUUAAUGACUUUGUUUACCAGAUGUGUGUAUAUAAAUAAAAUGCUGGAAACCUGAACUUGGCUUCCUGUUGUUUUCUCUGGUCAAGUUCCAGCUUUACACAGAACAAUUAAAAAGUAAAUAAAGCUGAAACGUUGCAGUUAGAGAUGGAGCACUCCAGGUAUGAACUCACCUGGAGCAUCCUCUGUGUCCCCUGGCAGGGACAGAACUGCUGCUGCCACCAUUCAAGUGCAGAUUUGGGUAUUGCCAAAUACCAGCUCAGCCACUGCACUUUGGGCUCUGAGCUCUGCUCCCACCUGUGUCACAGCAAAGGAAAACAUCUCCCUCACAACUGGGUCAGACAUCCAAAAAACCAGAACCUGCUGCCUGCUCUCCACACCCUGCCUGGGAAGCACCCUGGUAAGAGGAUUCUGCCUGAGCACCACAACUCAGCCCCUCAAGUCAGCUCUGCAAACCAAACAGCUAGAAAGGCAGAUCAGAUGCCAAAAUAGGGUUUUUUCCAUACAGCACUAUUUUGCCAUUCAUCUUUUUCUGCAUGUUGAUUUUCUACCUCACCCUAAGGAUAAGAGAACAUUAGAAUUCAUUUUCUCCUCACCCUGCAAAUCUCCAAAUCAAUCACAACGUGGGGUUUUGAUGUCCAGCCUUGCUCCAAGAGACAGGGAUGAGAGCUCUGUAACUCCAGCCUGGAAGUCUCCCAGUGCUGUCCCUCAGCACCCCAGGAGUUAUUCCCCCUCAGGACACCCUUUCCAGCAGGAAUGCCAAGUUUGGCUGUCCUGGG